AUGGAAGGCACAAAGACAGCCCUUAUUACCGGCGCUACCGGUCUCCUUGGCCGUCAAGUUGUCAAAACCUUUGCGGGUCGCGGCUGGUCCGUCAAGGGGACUGGCUUCUCACGCGCCGACGGCAAAGAGAUACUCAAAGUUGACCUUGCAGACCCAGAGCAUGUUGAGAACACGCUGGAUGAAGUCAAUGUUGGGGUGAUGGAAUGGGGCGCGGCAAACCGCUUCCCAGACAAGGUUGAUAAGGAUCCAGAUGCAGCACGCAAGAUCAAUGUGGAAGCUACGCGGGCUCUUGCCAGUGCUUGUGCGCAGCGCUCUGUCUUCUUGAUUUACAUCUCGACAGACUACGUCUUCCCCGGAAAGCCUGGGGACGCGCCCUAUGAAGCUGAUGCCGAACCUGCCCCGACCAACCUGUAUGGGUUGACCAAGCUCGACGGGGAGAAGGCCGUACUGGCAGAGUAUGAGGCAGCGGGCAAAGUGGGGAGCGCCGUGGUGCUGAGAGUGCCGGUACUGUAUGGACAAGUGUCAAAAGAGGGAGGGAAUGCAGAAAGCGCGGUCAACACCCUGAUGGACGUGGUUGUCAACUCGGCCAAGGAGGGAGCAAAGAAAGUCAAGAUGGAUCACUGGGCGGUUCGGUAUCCGACAAACACUGAAGACGUGGCGAGGGUGUGCUACGACGUGGCAGUCCGGUAUAUCGAGUCGGGAGCCAAGCAAUCACUCCCCCGGAUCCUGCAGUUUUCGAGCGAGGACAAGUACACCAAGUAUGAGAUGUGCCAGCUGUUCGCUGAGAUUAUGGGGCUUCCGAUCGAUAAUAUUGAAGCCAAUACGGAGGGGAACGAUCCUAAUGCCACCGUGCAACGACCAUACGACUGCCACUUGAGCACCCGGGCACUCCAGGAGCUUGGCAUCGAUGUGUCGACUCAGGACUUCGUCGGCUGGUGGAGGAAGGAAUGCGGGGCGUUUCGACAUUAG